GGCAAACCCCUAACUCCAAGCCACUAUAUAAGUUCCCCUCCGCCCUUUCACCACCAGCCUCUUAGACGAAAACCCUAACCCUUCCGCCGCCGCCUCCCCUCUCCUCCUCGAGCCCGGGCGCCUCGACCGCUCGAGCUGCCGACCUGACGCCACCAUGAAGUUCAACAUUGCCAACCCGACCACCGGGUGCCAGAAGAAGCUCGAGAUCGAUGACGACCAGAAGCUGCGUGUAUUUUUUGACAAGAGGAUCUCCCAGGAAGUUCUUGGUGAUCAUCUUGGCGAAGAAUUCAAGGGUUAUGUAUUCAAGAUUAUGGGAGGCUGUGACAAGCAGGGAUUUCCCAUGAAGCAGGGUGUGCUCUCUUCUGGACGAGUUCGCCUUCUGCUCCACAGGGGCACCCCCUGCUUCCGUGGAUAUGGCAGGCGUGAUGGUGAGCGCAGAAGGAAAUCUGUCCGUGGUUGUAUUGUCAGCCAGGACCUCUCUGUCAUCAACUUGGUGAUUGUUAAGAAGGGUGAUAAUGAUCUUCCUGGCUUGACUGAUACUGAGAAGCCCCGGAUGAGGGGACCCAAGAGGGCAUCUAAGAUCAGGAAGCUGUUCAACCUUGCCAAGGAUGAUGAUGUCCGCAAGUAUGUCAACACAUACCGCAGGACCUUCACUAACAAGAAUGGCAAGAAGGUGAGCAAGGCUCCCAAGAUCCAGAGACUUGUGACCCCAUUGACCCUCCAGAGGAAGAGGGCCAGAAUUGCCAAGAAGAAGCAAAGAAUUGUUAAGAAGAAGUCUGAGGCUGCUGAGUACCAGAAGCUGCUUGCUCAGAGGCUCAAGGAGCAGAGGGACCGCAGAAGCGAGAGCUUGGCGAAGAAGAGGUCUAGGCUUUCCACUGCCAAGGCUGCUCCUGCUGCCACUGCAUAAGAAGAUGCUACUGCCCCUGCCUACCACCAAGUUAUAGAUGAGGAACCGCUUUGUCACUGUGAUGGAUAGGCCUGCUACUGCUAGUUUUCAUCGUUACUUGGUGCUAUUUUCCAUGGACAAGUUGAGGUUGUGUCGAAAUUUUUGAGAACCUGUUGAUGUUAUUUCUGGAGCUAUAACUUAAUUAAUGCUAUCUACUUGGUUUCUACUUU